AUGUCUGCACCCUUGACCGUGCUCGAGCAGGUUUCUCAAGCAUCGUGGCAGCACGGAUACGAACUUUGCAGUUCCAGACGCCCAUGGCCAAGCGUUGCGGCUGAUGCACUGCUUCCGGUUUUGGACGUGGCAGCUGAUGGUCCGAAGACGAGGAGUCGUUUGGAGUUGGUAUAUUUCCCCAAGGAGAAGAACACAAUUUGGGCCAGAGAGUGGUAUUCCCAUGUUCGCUCGUGA